GCAUGGUGGGCCGUUUGGGAAGCAUCGUGGCUCCAUUCUGCAUUUAUCUCUCCAGCGUUUGGAUCUUUACGCCCCAGGCCCAUGGAUAGAGUACGGAUUGCAGUUGUGGGGGCCGGCGUGAUGGGGCUUUCUACCACAGUGUGCAUUUCCAAAUUGGUCCCACGAUGCUCCAUUACAGUCAUUUCAGACAAGUUCACUCCUGAGACCACGAGUGAUGUGGCAGCCGGAAUGCUUAUUCCUCCUACUUAUCCAGACACACCCCUUCACAAGCAGAAGCAGUGGUUUAAAGAGACCUUUGAUCACCUCUUUGCAAUUGCCAAUUCUACAGAAGCUGAAGAUGCUGGUGUUCUUCUGGUGUCUGGUUGGCAGAUAUUUCGGAGUAUUCCUGCUGAAGAAGUGCCAUUCUGGGCUGACGUGGUGCUGGGAUUUCGAAAGAUGACUAAGGAUGAGCUGAAGAAAUUCCCCCAACAUGUGUUUGGUCAGGCUUUUACGACACUGAAAUGCGAAGGCCCUGUCUACCUCCCAUGGUUGGAGAAAAGGGUAAAAGGAAGCGGGGGUCUGAUUCUCACCCGACGAAUAGAAGACCUGUGGGAGCUCCACCCGUCCUUCGACAUCGUGGUCAACUGUUCAGGCCUUGGAAGCAGGCAGCUUGCAGGAGAUGCAAAGAUUUUCCCUGUGAGGGGCCAAGUGCUCAAAGUGCAGGCUCCCUGGCUGAAGCAUUUUAUCCGAGAUGGGAGUGGGUUAACGUAUAUUUACCCUGGUAUCUCCAAUGUAACCCUGGGUGGAACUAGGCAAAAAGGAGACUGGAAUCUGUCCCCAGAUGCAGAAAUUAGCAAAGACAUUCUUUCCCGAUGCUGUGUCCUGGAGCCCUCUCUCCGUGGGGCCUGUGACAUAAGGGAGAAGGUGGGCUUGAGGCCUUCCAGGUCAGGCGUGCGGCUGGAGAAAGAGCUCUUAGUCCGGGACGGCCGGAGGCUGCCUGUGGUCCACCACUACGGCCACGGGAGUGGGGGCAUCGCCACGCACUGGGGCACUGCUCUGGAGGCCGCCAGGCUAGUGAGCGAGUGUGCCCAAGCUCUCAGGACGCCUGCUCCCAAAUCAAAGCUGUAGGUGAAGUGAAACGACAGCAAUUGGCCCCAGAAACUAUUGAUCAAAAUACAAUUUAAGCACCAGAAGAGUUUCAAAUAACUUUUCCAUUGAAUGAAAGUUUAAUUAGAUAUGACUUUAUUUUCAAAAUUAGAAAUGACGCGAUAUGUAUGAGUAGGCUUAGGACUAGCACUAAUUUAAUCUAGUACUAAAGUCUAGAACUAAUGAUAUACGGCAUAAAGUUCUAUUUUUGUUAAAAAAAAUACUUGCUAUAAAAUAAGAUUUAUUUUAGAUUUCAUGUCCAAGGAUCUAUGCUAAUUCACACGGAUGUAGGGAUUUUGACUGUUUUUGGCUUAAAAAUCCAUAGGCGGAGAUAAUGUAUGGAAAUACUUAACUUGCUCCCAAUUGCAGAGCUGCCCAUGAUGCUUGUAGGCUGUAAUCAAGUGAACACUAUGAUUCUUUCACAGUUACAUGGUGAUCAUGCAAUUCAAGCUUAUUCCAUUUAGUGGAGGACAAAGCAUGAUUCCUGCUAGUACUAGUGGCAACUUCUAUCUCCCCUCAGCUGGUACUGAUGGUGGAAGACAGGAAUGAAGUUGCCUACAGAUGAGACAUCAACUCAAUUGCUGUCUGGGGUCAAUCACCCGAGGGUCACACUUUCCAUUACCACAAAUGAUUGAGAGCUGGCUCGUUGGAUGGUUGACUUUGCCUAAGCAUUUUUGAAGAUUGAAGAGCAUGUGCAGCCAACGAGCUAAUUUGCUAAUUAAGGUAGAGCAAUCGCUUUGAAUGAAAUAUAACCAGAGUUUUCUGCAAGUUGUUAAAAAGUAUUGGGGAAGAGUGGAAUGUGUCUCAUGAUAAAAUAGUUUGGGAAUUGCUGAAUUAAUAAAUCUAAUCUGGUUUCUUGACUUGGGCUUUAAUCUGUACAUGCAUACUGUCAGGAGGGUUUCUGGCCGAAUGAAUGGUAAAGGAGAUGCUAUUCAUUGAGGUAAGGAAGCUUGGGAGAAACAGAUGCAAUUCUAAUUUUAAUUUUGGGUAUAUGGCUUAUGUUUAGUGAUAAGUUCUAUUUUAGAUAUCCUGUGAUAUGGUGUUGGCAAAGAGAAUGGGAAAGAGAAAGCCUCCAGCACAGCUCCAUUCUUGCUGUUCCAUUCAUUGAGCUUUUGUGUAUGAUUUUGUUUGAAGAGACUAUUGUCCUGGGAGAGAGGAAGAGAGGGGGAGGGAGGAGGAGAGGGAGAGAGAGGGAGAGAGAACGAGCAGGCCAGUGUCCUGACGAUCUUAAUCAUCUUUUGCAGUAUGAAAGUUCUCAAGUUAAAUCAAAUGUAGUUUCUUUCCUAUAGAUUUCCACCAGGGGGUGGUGUUGUAUCAAAUUCAGAAAUAUUGCUAAAUUUGAAAAUUCAGAACCAACUAGAAAUAAAAAUUGAAUACCA